GUUUGCAUAUGUGUUCCAUUCCAGCAUGGGCAGCUGAAAGAGCAGGGCGCUUUGUAGUAUAUACUGUAAGUUUCUUAAAAGAAGACAUACCCCGCAACAAGGACAUCGUUUCCAAAUGGCUAGAUAUAUUCACUAACAUAAGACUAAAGCAGCGAAUGUUUUAGACUUUUUUAAUUGUUUUUUUUUUUUUUAAUUCUGUUGUAUUUGCAUCGAGAAAAUGCCAACUGCAACUCUUUUGCCUUUCACCAAUACUCCGAAUAGGAAGUCGGCAAGCCCGAGCGCUUUCCGACUCACGGAGAAAUUUAUUUUGCUUUUAGUUUUCAGCGCUUUUAUCACACUGUGUUUCGGUGCUAUUUUCUUUUUGCCGGAUUCGUCAAAGCUGCUGAGCGGAGUGUUUUUCCAUUCUUCCUCCGUGGAGACUGACACCAAAACAGGUACAGACGGCAAUGGAAGUAUCCACGGGGCAGAAAACGAUGAAAACAAGUUAACAAGGAUCCGAAAAGAUCACGAGAAGGCUCUGAGCGAAGCGAAGGACACGCUGCAGAAGCGACCAGACGAGAUCCAACGAGAAAUUCAGAACGAGAAAGAAACAGUUCAGAAGAAUGUAGACGUUAGCAGAGGAGGAACAGGUGACGAUAACAGUCUGCCCAAAAUUAACUUUCACAAGCCACUCGGAGCAGUAGGACGUGAACCUUCAGACCUGGAAACCAAAGAGAAAAGGGCAAAAAUAAAAGAGAUGAUGAAAUUUGCCUGGGAUAAUUACCAACGGUAUGCUUGGGGACUGAAUGAGCUGAAGCCUGUCUCAAAGCAAGGACAUUCAAGCAAUUUAUUUGGUAGCAUUCAAGGAGCUACAAUAGUGGAUGCACUUGACAGCCUGUACAUCAUGAAUAUGCAGGAUGAGUUUAAAGCCGCCACAGAUUGGGUUGAGAAGAGUUUAGACUUCAAUGUGAAUGCUGAAAUAUCGGUCUUCGAAGUAAACAUCCGGUUUGUUGGUGGACUUCUGUCAGCCUAUUAUCUCUCAGGAGAAGAGGUAUUCAGGAAGAAAGCGGUAGAACUAGGAGAGAAACUCUUGCCAGCCUUCAACACCCCCACUGGAAUCCCCUGGGCCCUGCUUAAUAUUAAGAGUGGAAUAGGCAGAAAUUGGCCCUGGGCAUCCGGGGGUAGCAGCAUCUUGGCUGAGUUUGGAACUCUCCAUUUAGAAUUCAUGCACCUGAGCCAACUCUCUGGGAACCCUGUAUUUGCUGAGAAGGUAAUGAACAUUCGGAAAGUUUUGAACCGUUUGGAUAAACCACAGGGCUUAUACCCAAACUACCUAAAUCCUAACAGUGGACAGUGGGGCCAGCAUCACGUGUCGGUUGGAGGUCUUGGGGAUAGUUUUUAUGAGUAUUUGCUCAAGGCAUGGCUGAUGUCGGACAAGACCGAUGACGAAGGCAAGAAAAUGUAUUAUGACUCCAUUCAGGCCAUCGAGUCACACUUAAUUAGAAAAUCCAGAGGGGGCUUCACCUAUAUUGCGGAGUGGAAGGGAGGCUUGCUUGAGCACAAGAUGGGUCAUCUGACAUGCUUUGCUGGAGGCAUGUUUGCACUUGGGGCAGACGGGGCACCAGAUGAGAAAACUGGACACCAAAUGGAACUGGCUGCUGAAAUCGCACGCACGUGUCACGAGUCAUAUUCCCGCACCACUCUGAAACUGGGACCAGAAGCCUUCAGGUUCGACGGUGGAGUUGAAGCCAUUGCCACGAGGCAGAACGAGAAGUACUUCAUCUUGAGACCGGAGGUCAUUGAGACGUACAUGUACAUGUGGAGGUUUACCCAUGACCCCAAGUACAGGCAGUGGGGCUGGGAGGCAGUGCAGGCACUGGAGCAGUACUGCAAAGUAAAUGGAGGAUAUUCUGGGAUUAGAGAUGUUUACGCCAGUCACCCAAGCCAUGAUGAUGUGCAGCAAAGCUUCUUCCUGGCAGAAACACUCAAGUAUCUGUACCUGCUGUUUUCAGAAGAUGAUCACCUCCCCUUUGAACACUGGGUCUUCAAUACAGAAGCACAUCCACUACCAGUCAUCAGGAAAGAAGAAGAAACCAGAAGUGUAGAAAACCAACUUCUUUAAGAAAUUGUGGCAUCUAUAAAAGGCAGAUGACAGACUUAUCCAUUCUUUACUCCACUGUCUUGUAACAUAUAUCAAAUCUGAGAAGAAAUGGAUCAGUAGGUCUGCAAAUAUGGGUAAUAUUAUUGGUCAUUUAGGUAGUCUUGCCCCUGGACUUUAUGAAACUCAUGUAAAUGUACAUGAUUUUUGUCCCCAGCCUUACAGCAUAUAGCCAACAGUCUGCAUGUUCCCUGUAUUUUCUAAUUGAAGGAUUUGACUGCAGAGAUAGACUGCAAGAUUCUUUCCUCCUCUGUGAGGAGAUGGAGGCCGCUUUCAGCUAUAAUUUUUGCUGUGUUGCAAAAAAGCCAUAAUGAACUGAAUAGAAAGCUUUAGUAUUCACAAACUUUUUUUCUGUUUGUUUUGUCUCUCAUUUUGCAUCUGUGGUGUCCACUGAACAUCGAAGAUCACCUUUUUAAUGUGAAGCCCUGGGUCUCUACUUUAAUACUGGUUACCAUAGUGCACAGCCAUUGUAUCCAAUCAUGUUAAAAUAGGGCCUUAUCUGUCAUUCAGAAUAAUAUGUCUAAUAAUAGAUAUUCACAUUGCCGAGUUCAUUGUUUUUGUUGGGGAAAGAAAUAGUUGCUUUCUGAGUUCUGUGUGUAGUGGCAUGGUUUAGGUUACUGUGGCUUGGUUCAUACUUCCACACUGCCACCUAUUGUAACUCAGAAAUCAGUGCAUCACCCCCAAGAUCAGGGUGGUCACCCCAUAUGCAACUGCAAAGUAGGAAAUAAAAUAUUUCUAGGAAAAUUACCUUUACAAACUCUCAGUGCUUGCCUCCCAAAGACAGUGUAGUAAUGAGGGGACAAUAUGUCAUUGUGUCCCUUUGCUAAAGAAUGCAGAUACAGUAUAGCAAUUUUAGGUGACAAAUAUUACAAAUCAUUAAAUAUGUUCUUGUACAGUUCUUCGUAAUGGUCUGUGUCAUAAAUCUACAUAUUUGUGUUUAGCAAUUAAGUGGCAAGAUUGUAUCAAAGAUGUUGAAUGGAGUUUUACAUAGCAAGAUGCUGGAUUAUGAAUGAAAAAAAUUGGGACAAUCAUUGUGGUAUUUACUAUGAAUUUUACUUAUAAUUUUGACAUUCCAUUUUCUCUGUUUUCCCUUAGAUUUAAUUCAAAUCAAGCUAUCAAUAUCUAAUAUAUGUUAUCCAUCUAAAUAUUUUAGAAACAUGUUAGUGAAUUUUACUGAUGAAGUACAGACAAAGAGAAGGAGAUUAAUCCCUUUUAUUGGACUAACUAGACAAAUUAAUUACAAGCUUUACCUCAGAGGUCUCUUCUUCAGGUGAAAGUAGGAGAGAGAUUGAAGUAAUAAUGAUGGGGAUUUGCCUUCCAAGUAUGUUUUGUUUUUAAUUUAUCUUGGAAGGCACACGCUUGUUAGUUUUAUUAAGAGUGGUAUUUGUUGUGGGAUUCUAGGUGGUGUAAAAAAGCACAAUUAGGAAACGUUUCAUUAUAAAAUGAGAAUAAAGAGGACUCCUUGUCCUGCACUGGAUUAUUAACUAUUCAGCAAUACAAUGUUUACUGUAUAUGAAGUUCCUAUUAGUAGGCAAGCCAGUAAAAUAAAAACUUGGGUGUUGAAGCCGGAAGGAUUUUUUGGUUUGUUUGUUUCUGUUGGUAAAAUGUACUUAAAGAAACAAAAACAAAACAAACACAAAAUAUUUUUAGGAAGUAACAAAGACCCUAUUUAGAAGGUUUUAAAACCAAAGUGUAGUCCAUUUUUCAUGGUUUAAAUGAAGUUUUGAUGUUUAUCAAACUGAUUUUAAAUGACUAUUUAACUUCAGCUUUCAUUUAUCAGAAAAUCCAUCAAAGCAGACUUAACCUUUCAGUUGUUUAAAGAUGUGUACUUUCUGAAUUGGUGAAGUUACUCCACAGGCUACUGACCCAUUCUGUUUGUUGGACCAGGGGAUAUCGGAACUAGAUAGACGAAUGUGAAGAAAAAACACAACUCAUUUUGGUCGACCUUACUUUUUUAAACAUCUGAUGCAUUGCUUACAUUGUCUUUUGAUACCAUGUUAUGCCUAAUAAAACACAUAACAAAUAUUUGUUUUUUUUCUGAGACUGCAUCUGAAACAGAUCUUUUACAUAAUGAAAAUAACUACCGGUACAUAGUUUUAUCCUUUUGGAUUUUCUGCUACACUAAAUGUAGCAGUAUGCACAUUUAUUUGUUUCUGCUAUUCUUCAAGUUCUAUCCUGUUAAGAUACUGUUUUAUGAGGCUUAAUAUGGUGUACAUGUCAAUGUCAAUUUACUUUCGCUAAAUCUGCUUUAUAUCAUUGAGUGAAAGGAAAUCAUUUCAGAUAGUGCUGUUCCUAAAUGUGUGCACAGAUUAUUGCUUUUAUGAUCACAUGGAUGUCAAGGGGUUCAUUGUAUAUAUUUGCAUAUUUCUUCUCAUUUUAGGACAUAUUUGUUUGUUUGUUUUUUGGGGGGGGGGUGUUAAACUGGUGUAUUGCCUAUCUAACUAUAAAGGAGUAAAAACAAAGAGAGCUGCAGUUGUAUGUACAGUAGUUAUCUGCAAAAUGAGCCUACUUUGUUUCACUUGGGGUAUGUUCUGUGGUAAUACUGGAAUUUUGUAUGUACUGUAUAGUGUACAGUUAAGUGUCAUUUCCCAGCAUCUAUAAAACUAAAAAAAAAAAAAAAAAUGUAAGGGUUUAUUUUCAAAUGCCAUCUAAAAGUAUCUGGCUUUAUGACAUAAAUGAGUGGUACAGUACAUCUCAAUGCCUUUUUGUGAAAUGAUUAUGCUUUUGUGUUGAAAUUGUAAUAUGUCACUGUACACUAUUCCUGAAUAAGCAUUCCAUUGCACAUAGUUUUUUUUCAUUUUAUAUGCAAUUAAAUGUGGGUUUUUUUUUGUUAGUUAUAUUUGUUUUUAAUAUGUAAAUAUUCCAUUCUGGCACAUAUGCCUUUCCACCUUUAUAUAAAUCUAUGAUGUUACAGAUUAUAUCAUUUAAAUGAGCUGCGAAAUUUUUAAUAACUAUAUUUGUAACAUUUCUCUAUUGUGAAUAAAAUCCUUUUAAUAAAUUAACUGUCGUGAUGUAAAUUGUCAUAGAAAAGGCUUCAAAUGGCUGCUUUCCUGAUACAUGUUAAUGUCUUGACAACUUGAAUACACUUUUCAAGCUUACCAAUACAAUUAGAUUUAAAAUGCAAGAAUCCUUUGAAUGAAGAGUUAGUAAAUCAUAUGGACAUGAAGAUGUGUUUGUUGCAUUGUUUACUGCUGAAUAAAUUGAUUACAACGUAAAUGUUGUGUGUAGCGGAUACAGCUGCUGUGUUCCUAUGUUGAUGACAGUGCUACUAGACCAGCCUUUUGCAACACCUAUCGAAUUUCAUCCAUAACCUUUAUGUACAGCUGUGGCCAAAAGUUUUGCAUCACCUAUAAUUUUAUGAUUGAGCCAAUAAAAAUAAAUAAAAAAAUGAGCAGAAGUAGCAAAGGUAUGACACUAUGUGUGAGUGCCUUUAUUAUCCCUUGAUUGAUUAAUUUAUAGCCCCUAAGCCUGCCCCUUCCAGUGACUUGUUUAUCCCCGCCCCUUCCUGUGAUGCAUUGUGCCCCCCACAUCUGCUUAUGUCCUUUGUGAUUGACGGAACCAGUCAUUUAGGGUCAGCCUUUAUUUUAAGCCAUGUGGCUCCCUCUGGUGGUUUUAAUAUGCCUGUUCCUAUACAGGUUGAUUUGUGUGAGUGCGAGAUGUUAAUAUAUAUUUUAUUAUUAGGGUGUGGUUUACUUUGAUUUGAAUAAUACUCUCAUAAGGCUUUCAUGUGAAAUUACUAAAGCCAAUGGUGUGGAGAUAUACAAUUCUAGUCAGGUACGAUUUAUUAAUUAUCCCGUACCUACGAUGUUUUCACAAGUCGUUGUAACUUUAGAAGAACGGCUGAUUAGUGAAGGUAGUAAUACAUACCCCUACAGAAGCAUUAUAGAGGUCCAGCUCAACUAUAGCAAAGAGACAUUGGAGUCUCAAUUUACAGCCGGAUUACCUUUCAAAGAUACUGUGGACCCACAGGGGCCAGUACAGGUCUAGAAAGAAGACACGUUUUUACUGGAAGAUGCCACAUAUCGGACCCAUGCACUCUGAUUGUGUGUGUGUGUGUCGUGCCCCCCCCCCC